UGUCCGGUAACUGUAUAUUGAGCGGUAAGGCAGCCGGUGAGUCUGCGUAGGAAACUGCUUUUUUGAUCAUGGCUACCGGAGGCGGUGCACCUGAGGAGGUGAACAGCGAUCUGGAUCUACCUAACUGGAGCCACGAGUCCCUUGAAGACAGACUAAACAAUUUGAGCUGGAGUGGACAGAAAAAGGCCAACAGGUCAUCUGAGAAGAACAAGAAAAGAUUUGGAGCAGAGUGUGAAACAAGACUUACAAACUCCAUCUCUCCCGAAUCUACCCCUGGCGUUGGACGAAGGAGGACUAGAACGCCGCACACUUUUCCACACACCAGAUAUGUGUCUCAAAUGUCUGUGCCAGAACAGGCGGAAUUGGAAAGGCUCAAACAGAAAAUAAAUUUUGGGGAUUUAGAUCAGCAGAGCAUUGGAAGUGAUUCCCAAGGCAGGGUGACAGCAGCAAAUAACAAACGGCAGAUUGGUGAAGCUCGCAAGCCGUUCAACUUCCUUCCGCUACAGCUAAACACCAACAAAGAAAAGGCUUCUCCUUCCCUAAGCCCCCCAAAGAAGGAAAGUAGUGCCAGCACCUUACCCAAGGAUUUUCUCACCAUAGCCCCCAAUAAAGAUUUUGCCCGGAAUUAUCAGGCUUCUGUGGAGGAAGAUGGUGAAGAAGAAGCUGCGAUUGAUAGAAGUCAGGUUGUGAGUAGCCUUGUAAAGAUUCGUGAGUAUAUCAUCAAGGCCAGUUCCCUGAGAGAUGACCUUGUUGAGAAAAAGGAAAGGUCUACAAAUGUUGAACAAUUAUCAAAGUUAAUAGACCUCCUGAAAGUCCAGGAAAACUCUUACUUUACAUUCCUUCAGAAAAUGCUUGGUAGUGGAAAUGCGGAGGAAAGGCGCACGGUAGAGUCAGCGGUGGGAUCUGGUUCUGUAGCAGAGAGCUCAUUCUUAAACAUUGAUGGGCAGUCUGAGGCUUCAGAUGCCACGGCAGUAGAUCCUCAACAAGAAGCCAAAGAGGAACUAAAGAACAUGAAGAAACAGCACGCCUUAUUAACAAGGAUGCUUCAGCAGCAAGAACAGCUCCGGGCCCUGAAAGGACGACAGGCGGCUCUCCUCGCUCUACAGCACAAGGCAGAGCAAGCGAUCGCUGUCAUGGACGAAUCCGUGAUCACUGAAACUACAGGAAGUGUGUCUGGUGUAAGCUUAACAUCAGAACUCAAUGAAGAGCUAAAUGAUCUAAUUCAGCGCUUUCACAACCAGCUGCAUGAUGCUCAGGGUCCACCUGUACCAGAUAACAGAAGACAAGCAGAAAGCCUCUCGCUUGCAAGGGAAGUUGCUCGAAGCAGAAACUCCUCUUUAUCAGAACCUCUCUCAGAUGUACAAGACCCUCUGUUCAAUAAGGUUGGGGUACUGCUCGAAAAGAAACAGAAAAUGGACUCACUUCUUGGAGAACUACAUGAUAAUCAUCUAAAUAACACAACCUUCAUGGCCUCGGGCUCCCCACAUAGGAGCAUGGAUCAAAGAAGCAUAGGUUCAGCCGCCUCGGUUCCUCUCAUCUCAGAGAAUAGAGCAGCCAACAGCACAGCCGUUUAUCCGUCCGCCUCCGUAGCAUCUCUAAAUGAAAGCGAUGAUGAAGAGAAUCAAAACCCGGCAGAAAAACUGAUAAAGUUGAAAGAAGUUCGAAAGAGGCUAAAUGAGUUGCGUGAUUUGGUUCAUUAUUAUGAGCAAACGUCUGACAUGAUGGCAGAUGCUGUAAAUGAAAACACUAAAGAGGAGGAUGAGGAGGAGAGCCGAGAUUCUGAAUAUGACUCUGACUCUGAGCAGGAUGAGGUUCAGCCCGUCACUAACAUACGAAACCCGCACCGGACCAGUAACUGGGGACAAAUGAACAGCGUUGCCAGUGCACAGUGUGCAGCAAACAACCGUGAUGACAGACCCCUCAACACAGAGUGUGAAAUAAACAACAGAUCAGCUGUUAAUUCAAGAACCUUCAAUGUACCUUCUGCAUUAGGUUGUUUAUACAACAGAGAAGCAAUUGGUAAAGAUAGAGACUGUGAUCCAGACGUUGAUGAGGAUGAUGCCCAGGAGGACCGCGCAAGCAGAGCCACCGUGUCCAGUAACAGCAGUGCUGCGGAUGACUCUAAUACUGAUUUUGAACAAAAGUUCAAUCGACUUAUUGCAGCCAAACAGAAACUUCGAAAGUUGCAGGAUCUUGUUGCAAUGUAUGGCGAUGAUACAGAGUCUGAUUCUGUCCCAGCUGAGAGUUCUGUUAAGGGUCAACGUUCAUCAGGAGCAGAAAACAGUCAGCAACAACCUAACAACACUCGUCCGAAUAUGUCUGCAGUUCAAAAAGAUGUGGCACUUAAGGAGCAAGCAAGGGAAAAAUUCUAUGAGUCUAAACUUAAGCAGCAGCAGAAAGAACUGAAACAGUUACAGGAUGAACGGAAAAAACUUAUUGAAAUUCAGGAGAAAAUCCAGACUUUGCGCAAGGCCUGUCCUGACCUACAGUUGUCCACGUCUAGUCUUGGAACCUGCCCUGCAAAUAGACAUUUGACAACAACCGCAUCAACUCCCGACGUUCUUGAAAGUAGUAACGCUGUUGUCCCACCUAUGCCUGAUCCUGAAGAUUCAUCAUCCGUGGACAAUGAGGUGUGGUCUGAGAUCCGUAGACAUCAAAUUGUUCGGGAGGAUUUAAGACAAAGAAGAAAGCAGUUAGAGUCCCUGAUGGCUGAGCAACAGAGGAGGCAUGGAUUAACAGAUACAAAUUCUGCCGCGUCUUUAAGAAGUGAUGACUCUGAAGGUCAAGGAUUUAAUCAGCAAAGCAAGACGGAGAAGACCAUGGCUACCUGGGGUGGUUCUACCCAGUGUGCUCUUGAUGAAGAGGAGGAGGAAGGUGAUCGUGCCUACAUUUCAGAUGGAAAUCAGGCAGAAGAGGAGGAGGAGGAUGAAGAAGAAGAAGAGCAAGACACCUUUUGCGAAAAUGUUUCUUACCGUCGAAAUGGCACAAACCAAACUUCCAAUAGUGGAAACCGUAGUAAAAAUGGGUGGAAAAGCCAGCGUCCGUUUUCAGUUGAUGGCAAUUAUCGUCCCUCUCCCAAAACAAGGCAACAACAGAAUAUAAGUAUGAGACGGCAAGAGAAUCUGAGAUGGGUGUCUGAGCUUUCUCAUGUGGAGGAGAAGGAACACUGGCAGGAUCAGUUUGACCAGCUGAAGAAGCAGCUUGAUUUCAGUACAAAUAUCUGUCAGACCCUCAUGAGAGAUCAUCAGACGCUGUCCUGUAUGAUGCAGGGCCUUCUGGUGAACCCCUACAACGUAAUGCCAGGGGCCGUGGGAGGACCGCAGCUCCAUCUCCUCACUCAUCAGCUCAACCAGUGCUACUCACAGCUUAACUGGCAACAGAACAAUGUCUUGAGGCUAAAACAAAUGCUGAAUGAUGUUAUGCGCCAUCAACAAGAACAUCUAUCACAGGAGAGCAAUCCGAGGAAGGACAGGGGUAGCAGCGUGCCCCCACCUCCAUCUCCUAAUAUGUUUGCUAACUUCAGUUUCAUUCCACCACCCAUGAACUUUUUCAACAUGCCUGCCUUUGGAAGUGUCCCCAAUGUGGUGCCAGGUAUGAACUUUAAUUCUAUAUUUCCACCUGGCUUUGGCGAUUUUACACACGGUGUUCCUUCUCAGUCCGAUACGCCUCUCCAUCCUCCUGAUCCAAACACAUCUGGAAAGACUGAGUAUAUGGCUUUUCCCAAACCUUUUGAAAGCAGUUCUUCUUCAAAUCCAGCAGAUAAACCAAGGAAUGCACAGAAAUCAGUUGGCGAGGGGGACCACACGAGAGUAUUUUGGCCACAAGAUCAAAAUAAUGACCAAGGGAAAAAAUCAACGUUUUUGAAUGCUGGCCAUUCAGCUUCUGGGCCGUCCAUGAAGCAGUCAGAGGAAACCCACCGAGUGAAGCAGUUUGAUGAAGAGUCCAUGGAGAGUUUGAGCAGCAUGCCAGAUCCUGUGGAUUCGGUUACAUUCACCAAAACCUUCCGUGCGCGAAAAGCAGUAGCACAAGCCAGCCUGGCCUCCAAAGACAAGACGCCGAAAGCAAAGAAUAAGAAAAGAAAGAUUUCCCAUCAGAAAAGCAGAACCUUAAAGAACUCUGGGUUUCACAGUGCCAGUGGAUCCAGCGUUGGUGAGCUGAAACAGAGUGACAGUAAACACUCGCAGACCGAGGAGCCAGCUGUAAUCGCUCAGAAUCCAAGCAAUGCUGAUCACUUGCAGAGAAUGAGAAAAAACGACCAGCAUGUAGAAAUGUCCUCAGAAGCCGGCAGCGACUUUUCGAUGUUUGAAGCUUUACGCGACACCAUCUACUCGGAAGUGGCAACCCUGAUUUCCCAAAAUGAAUCUCGUCCUAAUUUCCUUAUUGAACUUUUCCAUGAACUGCAGCUUCUGAAUACAGAUUACCUUCGGCAAAAGGCACUGUUUGCAUUGCAGGAUAUUGCGACCAGGCGGAUCACUGACAAUAAGCGUGACUCUAUGAAGACCAUCGAAUCCGCUGGAUGGAUGGCAUCUAAUUCUGAGCUAACACCCAGCGAAAGCUUGGCUACGACCGAUGAUGAAAUGUAUGCAAAAACGUCAGACUGCGCCGGUGCUCUCGGAGAACGCAAUGAUGGUGAUAAUGUUAGCACUUUGUCAACCUCAUCAAAUUUUGAGCCGUUUGCAACAGAUGACCUUGGCAAUACCGUGAUUCAUUUAGAUCAAGCCUUGGCAAGAAUGAGAGAAUAUGAACGCAUGAAACUUGAGGCUGAAAAUGCUUUAGCUGCUGACAGCGGCAGUAAUAUUAACGGUGCUGCCAGUAAUUUGGAAGACGCUCCUAAAGAUGGAGAGAUUCAGAACGCCCAGCAAUCAGAUGAAGUUUCUGUUCCCUGUCCACGCAUCGACACACAACAGCUUGACCGACAAAUAAAAGCAAUUAUGAAGGAAGUCAUCCCUUUUUUGAAGGAACACAUGGAAGAGGUGUGCUCUCCUAACUUGCUCACAUCUAUAAGGCGAAUGGUUUUGACGCUGACGCAGCAAAACGAUGAGAGCAAAGAAUUUGUGAAAUUCUUCCAUAAGCAGCUAGGAAGCAUUUUACAGGACUCAUUGGCAAAAUUUAGCAGUAAGAAGUUAAAGGACUGUGGUGAGGAUCUCCUUGUUGAGAUUUCGGAAGUCCUGUUCAACGAGUUGGCUUUCUUCCGGCUCAUGCAAGAUCUGGACAGCAGCAGCAUCGCGGCUCAGGGGAGAAGCAAAAGGAAAUCUGAUGCAGCCGGGGUCCUGCAGUCGCUUACCAAAGAGGCUCAGAAACUGUUUGAUGUUGAGCAGUGUGUGGCUACUGGAGACGAUGAAGAUAAAGACAAAGACGAAACGGAGACUGUGACAAAAGCACAAAAAAGAGAAAAUAUUGAUGGUUCGGAAGUCCAGAGCGGAAGAUCUGAUAUUUCCGAGGAGGAGGAUGCAAACGAUAGCCUGCCUGUUUCCAUUAGUCUAUCCAAAGCUGAAACACAACCUUUGACAAACUACGGUAGUGGCGAAGAUGAGAACGAAGUGGAGGACAAUGAGGAGUUUGAGGCAGGGCCUGUUGAUGUCCAGACAUCCUUGGAAGCUAGCAAUGACGCUGCCGAGGACAAUGAAAAGGACCAGGUUUCAAGAAACACCUCUGAAGAAACCUUAAAGUGUGACAAAACGGAAAUAUUGGCAAAUUAUACAGGGCUAGUGGAGGCAGAAGAGGAGGACUCUGUAACCUCCGCUGUGCCAGACAUUUCUUCUCCCCUUUUAUUGAAUAAAGAGAAGGACGAAGUGCUAUCCGCAAGUAUGACUGAAAAUGCAAAGCCACCUUUGACUUCAUCUGACAGUUCAGGGGCCGAGAGCCCUGCCACUGAAUCCCCCGUCUUAGUUGAAUGUGAAAACGGUUCUGGAAACACAAGUCAGAAGUCUGAUGAAGAUGAUUUUGUUAAAGUUGAUGAUUUGCCACUGAAGCUUAAUAUACCCAAGUCGAACCUGAUGCAGGAAAUGGAGAAAGAGGAGGAAAAGAACAACUUAUGUGAAGAAAUCCUUAAUUUGGCUGAACAAGGAAAUGUUACUGUUGAGCUGGCUGGAGAUGGCCUUUCCCUGCAAGACCCGGAAAACUUCCAUUCUGCAUGAACAAAAAAUUCUCCUAGUUACACUUUCUAUACAGCAGACCUUUUUAAAAUGCACUACAGCUUCUGUUUUGGCGUUGUUUUACAAUGUUAUUUUGAAAAUGUCAGGUUUUGUUAAAUAAAACCUUUCUAUGGCUGUUUUGUUUAUCCAAGAGUCCAAGCACUGUUUUUCCUCUUCUGUAAUUUGUUUUUCUAUUUGUAAUUUCACAAUUGUUGGAAGCAAGUUAUAAUAAAGUUUUUUUGCUUGUC